AUGUCUCUUCCCUCAUUUCCACACGUUGAAGAUGUGCUGUAUCCAAUAUUCUUGCACUGCGAAGGAGACCGAGGAUUACUCCUUGCCCUCGCGAUAACAUAUCGAACGUUCACCAGACCAGCUCUCGCCGUCCUCUGGAAGACUCUCCCCAACGAUCAUCCCCUCGGGGCCCUGAUGUACACGCUGGGCAUCUCACAACCUCGGCACGCGGAAGGUACAGAGGCAUUCAGCGGAAUUACAGACGCACGCGAUUUUGUAUGCCGAUCUCCGCAGAGCCCUUGUGCGCACCCCAACUGGAAGAGGUUCUGUGGCUACGCAUGCCGCGUCCAAGAAAUUGGCAUAUACCCUUUCGCCGCACAUGACAGACCCUCUGUCUGGUCUGAUCUGGCCCAUUUUCUUGACUGCGCACCCAUACUUCCCGCUCUCCGACGAGUACUU